UUAAAUUUGUUGACCAAUUUUACCCUUUUAUUACGGUCUCCAUACUAAUACAUACGUAGAAGAAUGGGGUUUUCUAUUAUUUUCAGUUUUUAACCAAGAAAGAACGCUUUAGUGUAGUGCCGCGAGUAUCAGUUAUCUUUUUACCAAACGGAUAAACGGACAAACGGACAAACGGACAAACGGACAUAUGAAGAUACGGAAAAGUCCUCUUUUUUAGUGACAAUUUUUAGGGAAACAUUAAAAAUUAAAAACAUUAAACUGAACUUUCGCACUCGCCUCUUUUUUUCCAUUAAUAUGGAUUGAUCCUUCAAAAAGAACACUGUACGGCUGAUCACUGAUCCAUUAAUGCAAUUUCCGUAAAGCUGAAAACUUCAAAACUUGAAUGACGAAGAUCAAGAAAAGAUACCAUACAAUGUCUGGAAAAAUGUAACUAAGAAAGGUUCUUCAAUUACCGACUUUUCUCAUGUAAACCUCAAAAGAGUAUCCCCUGAGUUUUAUUUAAUGUUUAAACAUUAGCAAAGCUCAACGCACAGCUGCUAACAAAUGAGUUGCGAUGAGGAACGGAUGUCGGUGGACGAGAUAGUGGAGGCUAUAAGCAGUGAGGAUGAUCACCUCCAGCUCCUGGGCACAGAAUCUGCCCGCAAGAUGGUCAUUGGAGAAAGCACUGCAUCCAUAGACCUAUUGAUCGGGCAUGACAUGGUGCCCACUUUCGUAGGCUUCCUUCAGAAAAACGAACAUCCAAUGCUGCAGUUUGAGGCCGCAUGGGUCCUGGUUAACAUCGCAUCCGGGACAUCCGAUCAGACGCGCUGCGUGAUUGAGAACAAUGCGGUACCGCAUUUAGCGAAACUUCUACAGUCCGGCUUCAUUGAUCUGGCUGACCAGGCGGUCUGUGCGCUCGCCAACAUAGCUAGUGAUGGAGCUGCUUCUCGCGACAUUAUCAUUCAACACAACGUGAUCGAAAAUAUUAUGCCAUUGACCAACAGGAGGUCUCCGAUCACCAUCCUACGAAGCAUAGCAUGGCUGAUGAGUAAUCUGUGCAGUCACCAGAAUCCGCCGCCACCUUUGGAUGAAGUGAAGACUUUUGUGCCGGUCCUUUCGAAGCUUAUGUUAAGCCAUGACGCCCAGGUGCUUACCGAAGCGUGCUGUACAUUAUAUUGCAUUUUGGAGCGGGACCACAGCAUGAUCCAGGUGCUGAUCGACUUGGGAUCAGUGCCGCACCUAGCUCAGCUGAUUCAAAAGUUUGAGCCGAGCAUAGUUACGCCUGCCCUACGAAUUGUCGGUAUCAUCGUGGCUGCCUCGGAUGAACAGACAGAGGUCGUAAUCGCCUCCGGAGCACUUCCGUGGAUACGAAUUCUGUUAUACCACUACAAAGCUGAGAUUGUUGAGGAUGCUGCCGCAGUAAUCAACACCAUCACGGCUAGAUCCCAACAGCGGAUUCAAGCGGCCAUCCAGGCCGAAGUAUUUGAUGGAGUUCGCGAAGUGCUAAAGAAAGGAAACUUAAGAGCCAAGGAGCAGGCUGCUUGGGCGGUGACCAACGCCAUGAGUUUCGGCACUCCGGAACAGAUUAUUGAACAACUGAUUGAUAGGUUUAUGAUUUUAAAGCCCUAUUUAAAUCUGUUAAGUGCAGACGACACUGGUAUCCUUAAGGCAGUCCUCACCGGGUUGUGCAAUCUGUUUGUCUUGAUCGAAAAGCUUGGCUUGACAGAAAGCUUCUCUGAGGUGGUCAUUGAGAUGGGCGGGCUAGACAAGCUGGAAAGUCUACUGAUGCACGACAGCAUGGUGGUCUACAAGAAGGCUAAGACCAUAAUAUAUGAUUACAUUAUCAUUCCGACGGCGACAUUCUAGUUCGGUUUAAAAAGUUUCACAGUUAUCACACUCCCUAACCUGUACUUGUAUGUACUUGCAUCGGAAUUAUAUAUAUUUUUACAUAAACACCUCGUUUUACUUAUAUGAUUUUCUACCAUAACGUGACCACCAUAUCUUCGCGUUGGACUCGCUACCUAGCUCGGAUCUUUAGGGUACUUUUUCGUUUCGUAUCGCAGGCUUUUCUUGAAGCUUCUUCGAAAACGGCCAAC